AGAGCGAGCGAGGGAGAGACAAAACUCCAUCAACCCGGACAAUGCCACCUCUCGUUUAAUGCUUCCCAACUGUUAUUCUUUCCCCUCAUUAUCACGGCACCAAGUAAUCUGUCUUUCCCCCCCCUCCAAUCCCCUCCCCCUCCUCUUGGAAGAUAUGGAAGAGAAAGAUAAAGCGGCUGCCUGCGGGCGCUGAUGCGCGCAGCUCGCAUGCCUCUGCCGCCGGAGCCGGGGCCACUCCGCAGCCGCCUCUCGCAAAGAGCCGCUUGCCGCGGGAUGGGAUGCAACUUCUGGUGAUUGGAUCACAGUGCCUCCAGGCCUGAACUGAAGUGUUAGUGGAUGAUGAGGCUACAUGCCUGCAUUGGCCAAGAUGAGAGGAAACUCUUGAAAUUUGGACUGUGGCAUGUAUUUUGCUCCAGAACUCUCCCACUCAGGCUUAAGUGAUAAUUGAGUCUCUUGUUAGCAGCACAGAAAUGAAUAACUCAACGUACAUAAACUCUUCCUCUGAAAAUGUAAUAGCUCUGGAGAGCCCCUAUAAAACUAUCGAAGUGGUCUUCAUCGUCUUGGUGGCAGGUUCUCUCAGCUUAGUUACCAUAAUUGGGAACAUCCUGGUCAUGGUGUCAAUCAAAGUCAACAGGCACCUGCAGACUGUCAACAACUAUUUCCUGUUCAGCUUGGCCUGCGCUGACUUGAUCAUAGGCAUCUUUUCCAUGAACCUAUAUACCCUCUACACUGUGAUAGGCUACUGGCCCUUAGGGCCCGUGGUAUGUGACCUCUGGCUGGCUCUUGAUUAUGUGGUCAGCAACGCCUCUGUGAUGAACCUUCUUAUCAUCAGCUUUGACAGAUACUUUUGUGUCACCAAGCCUCUGACAUACCCUGUAAAGCGGACGACUAAGAUGGCAGGCAUAAUGAUUGCAGCUGCAUGGGUUCUCUCCUUCAUCCUGUGGGCCCCUGCAAUUCUCUUCUGGCAGUUCAUUGUAGGGGGAAGGACUGUUCCCGACAAGGAUUGCUACAUCCAGUUUUUUUCCAAUCCUGCUGUCACUUUUGGCACUGCCAUUGCAGCAUUCUAUUUACCUGUUAUAAUCAUGACUGUUCUUUACUGGCAAAUCUCUCGAGCCAGCAAGAGUCGAAUAAAGAAAGGGAAAAAGGAAGCUGCCCAAAACCAGGAUCCAGUUUCCCCCAGCCUUGUCCAAGGUAAAAUAGUAAAACCAAACAAUAACAACAUCCCAACUAGUUCAGAUGGGCUGGAACAUAAUAAAAUUCAGAAUGGAAAAACCGCUGGAGAGAGUGUGAUGGAAAACUGUGUUCAAGGGGAGGAGAAGGACAGCUCCAAUGACUCCACCUCAGUGAGUGUUGUCCCUUCCAACAUAAAAGAGGAUGAAGCUGCCAAAGAUGCCAGCCAGACUUCUGCCUCCCAAGACCAUCUCAAAGUGGAGAACUCCAAGCUGACAUGCAUCAGGAUAGUAACCAAGUCCCAAAAGGGUGACUGCUGUGCUCCCACCAACACUACUGUGGAAAUUGUAGGCACUAAUGGGGAUGAGAAGCAGAAUAGUGUAGCCCGGAAAAUAGUCAAGAUGACAAAGCAGCCAGCCAAAAAGAAACCACCACCUUCUAGAGAGAAAAAAGUGACAAGGACCAUUUUAGCCAUCCUCCUAGCUUUCAUCAUCACCUGGACCCCAUACAAUGUUAUGGUGCUCAUCAACAGCUUCUGUGCAUCCUGCAUCCCUGGUACUGUAUGGACCAUAGGUUAUUGGCUCUGUUACAUCAACAGCACCAUCAAUCCUGCUUGUUAUGCGCUCUGCAAUGCCACAUUCAAGAAGACCUUUAAGCACCUUCUUAUGUGCCAUUACAAGAAUAUAGGAGCAACAAGGUUUCACUCUCCUUCUGAAAGAUAGUUCUGCAAGAUGCAGAUGUUGAUCUCGAAAAGCAACUCUCCGUGGAUACCUCUUCUGGCUUUCCUGGCUGUCAUCUGCGUCCUGUCCUUCCUAUGGCCCCUGAUGGCCCUGCUGCCAGUGCUGCCACGUCUUCACACCAGGUUUGGCCAGAGGAUCUCAGCAACUAUUCCAUACAGUGUGCUGCACUGGCCACUUUGAUUUCACACAGAAGUUGAGAAAACUCUGUGUGUGAAUCAUGAAAAGAACACCAAAACCAACAACAACAAACAACAAUAAAAACUGCAGUGAGCACUUCUGAUCUUCUCAUCUUUUUCCUCUUAAUCAUUCCCAGAAGUAGCUAAAACCAAAAAAAAGGCUCAGCCAUUUGAAGUAGCCCUGCUGCGGCAGGACUGUCCCAUUAGCAGCCCAUGGUGGGUGAAUCACUCUCUCACAGGCCAUGCUACCUUCACUCUUCAAGGAGAGGACAACAGCUUAGUGAUAUAUCAGUCUAACUGGUACAUUCCUGAGUAUUAAAGAUAUCUGUGGUUAAAUAUAUACAGAUUAAUUUUUAAAAAAAUUAAGAAGAAAGAAACUGAAGCAAUAUUCAGAAGUCUGUUUUCCAAUUAGUACAAAACUGGAGGAAAACUUGUCAGUCUUAUGUUUGAAAUUUUCAUUUGAUGUGUCAGAAAUCAUGAGGAUUCAUUUGGAGACAGGAGUGUUUGAACACUGCCUGAUGAAAAAUAGUCUGAAAUCAACCAACGCAAAUAUGUGAGUCAAAUUCCUCCCUUCCUCCCUUCCUCCCUUCCUCCCUUCCAUCCUCCCUUCCCUGCUUCCCUCCUCCCUUCCUCCCUUCCUCCCUUCCUCCCUUUUCUCUCUUUCUUUAACUCCUUCUUUCCCUAUUUCUUUCUUUCCUUUCUUCAACCUCACAAAUGUUCAUGGGUAUGAGAGUGUUCAAACGGAAUCCUGGGAUAAGUUGUGUGUCAUCCACAAAAUGUGAAGGAGUCAAAAGCAACAGCUAAAUCCAUCAGCCCUCUGUUUUAUGGUUGUCCACUCAUUUUUAAGACCUCAGGGUGUACCAAUUGCUCCCAGACAUUCCAGACAUCCCAGACAUCCCAGCUGUAACAGAGGCAGAAGGAGAUGCACUCUAUUUUUUGUUUGUUCAUUUCAUCUCUUCAUGGAUUUGAAUGUUUCCUUUGUCUGCUCUUCGGUGGGGCUUGCUAGUAAACUCACUAGCUCCUUCCCUAGAAUUUAUUAAUUUUCUCCCUGCUCUUCUCCCUGCUCCUGCUGACAGAGCACCUGAUUUCUCUGAUGUUGCUAGGGUGGUACAAUUAAAAUUCUUCAACUCAGUUGUCAGAGCCUUGCCUUGCCACUUCUGUUACCCAAAACAAAACAUCUGCUGGUACUGGCUCUCUGUGAGACCAAGUUGCUAAAGCAUCCUUACAGCCACAUUAUGCUCCAUGAUGCAGUUGGUGGAAGGCAGGAAACAUGCUGCUAAGAUUUGUUUUCCUUCCUUCCCCUUACAAAAAUGUCUAAAUAUAUUUACUUUUUAUAAAACAUGGAGCUUUCUUUGUGAAGUUAAAACUUAAGAAAGAAAACAAGAAAGGGAAAACAAGCUCUGGGCCUUGGGGUUCAGGUGUUUAUUGACAGGAAGUGGGAUCAGAAUACAGGGGCUUUCAAUAUUUUUAAAGCCCUCUUCUUGGUUGGCUCUGCAUUCACAGAUGCCAGCAAGGCAAAUGGUAGAAAUUGAGCAGCCAAAAAGAGUUAGGCUUUUUCUCCUCCUGGGUCUACAGACACUUUAUAAAACUUGUCUAGAGACACUCACUGGAGACAAUAUCCUAUUUAUUUUUCCUGUAAAAUCAUGAACAGCUCCACACUUCUAAGAAAUCUUUCAUUUUUAAUUUAUAGAAAAUCUUUCCCUAAAGGAAGCUGAUAGAUGGUCCUUAAUUUGCUGUGGCGUCUUUUCUUGUUUCUCUGCCUGCCUUUCCUCUUUUGUCACAGUCUUGACAAAAAGCAUUUUUCCUCCUUCACUUUAAGAAGUAUCUGUAACUUGUGUUUUAGCUACAGGCACACAGUUUCUCUUGCUUUUCAGGCACUGUGAAUGUUGGUAUUCAAAAUCCUUAAGUCCACAAAUAAUAUUAUAUUGCCUUCUCACCUCUGCUGAAGUCCAAAAUAAUGUGUGGAGUAAGAAGUUUCAUAAAUCCUUUCUUCAGUGGUUUUAAUUUGGAAUGAAGCAAAUUCCUCACAUGAAAUGAAAUCAGUUCUCUUUCUCCCCAGUUUUAUUAUGUCUAUAUGAGAAACAACAGAGGAUGAUGGUAAAGAGUGAGUGUUCUUACAAGGUACUAUCAAAUAGCAACAUUUACUUUAUGUCCUGGGCAAUGGUAAGGCAGUCUUCCCUUUCCUUGGUUGCCCUUUUAUUCCCAGUCUUACUAGCAGAAUAUUCAUUGAAAAUCUAUGAUUAAGAAACUAAUCAUAACAGAGUUGAGACAUCACUCAUUCACCAAAACAAAUGCAAUUAUUUCUCUUUUUUUUUUUUUUUUUUUUUUUUUUUUUUUUGGUUCCUUCAUUUGCUAUGGCCUCAUUUUCUACAUUAUGGAACUAGUGGAACACAUGAACAUAUUAGUUCUCCCAGGCCUUUAGUAUACUGGGUAGAUUUGUUAGAGGUAUAUCAUGUCACAAGUAAUGGAAUGGGGGGGAAGCGGGGGGGAAGGAAGCACAUGCUUUUUACCCUCCCAAAGUUUUGCAUAACCUGAAAAAGUCCAUUGGGUUGUUCCUUUUUUUUUCCCACCUUUGUAUAAUGAGUUAUUAUAUAUUAGCAUUGGUUUUUUUUGCUUUUUUGUUUUGCUUUGGUUUUCUUUUGUUUUUUGUUUGUUUGUUUGCUUUUCUUUUGUGUGUUUCAGAGUACUUGCAAAGAAGCACAUAGAAACACUUAUAGGUGCCCCAAAAAUGCUCUGACUCUCUGAGAAAACCAGCUAUGGAUAGUGUGUGAGGCAGUGUGUUUAAGGUGUUUAUUAUCAUAGUCACUGAAAUGAAUGACUUCCUUGUGUAUUUAACCUUUGGUUUGGUUCAUCUGGCAGCUCUGAAGAAAGCACAGGGGCACAGGUUUAGCAUGCCCUAACUUUGAAAAGGGAAGGACAGGUCGAUAUUCAGUUGUCUUUUUUCUCCUGUUCUGGUUUGUGUAGGCUGCUGGAGUAGGGGAGGAAUUUCUUUCCCCAGUAGUUCUGUCCCUGCACUUUUACUCCAAAGAUAGACAUUCUUUGAAGUACAAAACAGUCGUAACAGUAUUAUUGGUAAAAAUGAUACGGGGAAGAAUACCAUGGUUGCCAAUAAAUGGACCUUUGAAUAAUUUUCCCUUAAUACUGGUGCCACUUUUUAAAGGUGGUUAGUAAAUCAGAGAGUAGCAGUUUGUAAAUACCUUUAGAUAGUGUGUUUUAACAUUACCAGCAGCAUAUCUUGACUAUGUACAGAAAUAACACAGUAUGUGUAGUGCUAUUCAAAUUAAGUUAUAAUGUAAAUAUAUCCAGAAUGAAUGUCCAAUUAUCUUCAAGUUCUAUGUGCAAGGAAGAACCUCAUCUCUUCUUGAGACUUUUUCUAGCUUAAUGAUAUGGAAAAUCUGUUAUCCAUUUAUAUAUAUCUCUGAAAAAAACAUUGCAUUCCUUUCUUCAAAGUAAAUAUUGAAAAAAAGAAGGAAUGCAUUACAUGAAUAUGAUAUCAAAAAUCCUAUCGUAGGACUGAGAAGUUGGGGACUGGUCAAAUUCUUGAUGCUGUACAUUUGAUCUCAUAAAGAAGAUAAGCACAAGUUUAUGGUUAGCAUCGUAAAGCUGACCCAUUUGAUUAUAUAUAAAUUAUAGAUAUAUAUUUAUAUAUUCUGUAUAGAUACAUACAUAUUAUACACAAUAUUCAUACAGUGAAAGUAAAGUUUGAUAGUCAUAUUAACUGGGAAUUUUGAUGUAAUGUUAUGCUCCAUUUGGAGAAAGAACACCUGUCUUAUUCAGCAACAUUCAAACAUGUUAUGCAGAAUAAAGGAAGAAGGUGCUUCAAUCAAAACAACUCAUGAAGGAAUGAGGCAAUGUGGGUUUGAAAUUACACAAGUAAAUUACAUGCAAUAUAUGUGUAUGUAUUUCUGCCAAGCUGUAUCCCUAGUUAAAGCAUUGCAUUAAACAGCAAAUUAUAACAAUAAUAAAAGUGUUUUUGUAUGUGGUAUCUGUUU